CGCGCAGAAAGCGAGAGGAGCUGUCAUCUGUCAUUGUUCGCGCGUUAUCGCUCCUGCCGCGUCUGCAAGAUCUUUUCCCGCGAUAUAAGGUUCUAGAGCGCGAAUAUUGCGUAAGCCUUCGGCGCCGAGGGGAAAGAGAAGACAGAAUACGCGUAUCCUAUUUCGUGAUCGUCAUCGUGAUUCGCGCGAUAUGGAGAGUGGGAGAGAUAGCGGCGAGGCGAACGGCGAAGUGAAGGAGAGAUCGUCUUCAGUCGUUAACACGUCCGAGUCGGAAGAGGUGUCCUACGAAAAUCAGCAGCAGCAGGCCGACGUCGACAUGGGCAAGCAAAACGCCGAGGACCUGGACGAGAGUGCUCAGGAGCGAAUGCUCCAGGGGGAUGACACCACCGCGAAAAUCACCGAGAAGGACAACGUCGAGGUAAAAUUCAUCUCUGAGAAUGGUGACGUCAAAAUUGAUAUGGAACAGACCAAAGACACUCUUGCAGGAAUGAGCAAGGAAGAAUUGAUGAAAUUUGCCAAUGAUCCAUUCUGGGUGAAAAUGCGAUGGGCAUUAUUUAUUCUUUUCUGGUUAUUGUGGGCAGGCAUGUUGGCAGGUGCUGUAGCUAUUAUUGUGAUGGCACCGAAAUGUUCUGCACCCGAGCUGAAAAAGUUUUGGGAGGAAAGUCCAAUUAUUCAAUUGGAUGCCUCAAUUGAUUCUCCUAGCAAUGAUUUGAAAGGCUUGGAAUCUGUAUUAAACGAUUUGAAAGUUCAACACAUCAAAGCUAUAUCUCUUUCAUCGUUAGUGGAGGAAGGUAUAGAUGGAGCAACCGAAGAUUUCAAAACCAUUAAAGCAAAAUUAGGAAAUAUUAGUGACUUGGAAAGUCUUAUCAAAGUUGCGACAGAAAAAGAUCAACAAAUCUUUUUGGAGUUGGAUCCUAAUCAUUCUUCUGUAGAACAUCCAUGGUUUAAACAAUCUGUAGAGAGACAAGAUCCAUAUACGUCCUAUUAUGUAUGGGCUGAUGGAAUAACUACUUCUGAUGGUGAAAAAGGAAGACGAAGUCCUCCCAAUAAUUGGCUGAGUGUAUAUGGUGAUUCUGCCUGGGAAUGGAAUGAAAAAAGAGGACAAUAUUAUCUCCAUCAAUUCAAUAAAUCACAACCUGACUUAAAUUACAACAAUCCAGCAGUGGUGAAAGAAUUCGGAGAUAUCUUAAUUCACUGGUUAAAAUUGGGAAUUAGCGGCUUUCGCUUAGCGAGUACAUCAUUCUUAACAGAAGAUCCAGAUCUUCAGGAUGAACGUGAGAGUCAUCUUCCUGUAGAAAUAAAUAAUUAUCAGUCGCUGAUACACGUUCGUACGCGCGAUCGUCCGGAAAAUGCUGCGAUAUUAACAAGCUGGCAAGAAAUGGUUCGUAAUGAGACUGAUGGUAAAGGAUUAUUCGCGUUACAAGAUGACAUUGGUGCAGAUAUCUUGCAAGUUUACAAUGAAAAAAAGAGAGUAAUUGACUUACCACAAAAUUCACAUUUCUUUACCACUGCCAACGCAAACAUCAAUGCGACUGUACUGCGUAACAGUAUAUUGCAGUGGCUUCAGAUUACCCCGUGGCCUGCAUGGAAUCUCAAUGAUAAACAUCCUUUGAGACAUCGUAUGCCUACCGAUGUCGCUGAUAGCAUCACGUUAAUGACGAUGCUGUUGCCGGGUACUCCAAUUCUUCGAUUAAACGAUGUCAUGUCCGCGAAAGACGCGUUUGAGAUCUUAUCAAAUGCUCGAGGGGGUUUAACAUUCCUUCACGGGAGUAUGACGAGUAAGGUAAUCAAUGGAACUGUCUUCGUAUACGCAAGAAAUUGGCUAAGAAGCGGCAAUCCCGGAUAUCUGGUGAUGUACCAGACAGGAGAUGAAUCGGCGACUAUAGAUUUGUCUGCAAUGCCACGAAUAUCAGAGGAAGUUAAUGUAGUUGCGCAUAGUCCCAACUACAUUCGAGAUACAGAAGUCGUGAGGACAAAGUUAUAUUCAAAUAAAGUACCCAUAUCGCCGAAGAGCACAUUGAUCUUAACAUUUGUGCCAAAGGAGUAAUCGAUAACAAAGAUAUUUUAAAUGUGCAAGAAUUAUAUACGAUAGCGUUUCUUGCUUCAAAAUACAAAAUUUAUGAAUGAAGACUUAUAAGAUUAAAAGGUGGAAUUACAUCAGAAAAGAAUGAAGUAACAAUUUGUGUGUGAUUAUGAUAAAAAUAUCUUGAUUGCUUUGAUGAAAUAAAUGCAUAUAUAGCAAGCAUCCAAAUAUAAAAAACUUAUCAACUA